AUGACUAAGGAAAAAAUCCAACUUAACGUUGUGGUCUAUGUGGAUGAUUUGAUUGUUGCGGGUAAUGAUUUAGUUGCGCUUGAUCAAUUCAAACUUUACUUGGGACAAUGUUUCAAGAUGAAAGAUUUGGGGAAGUUGAAGUAUUUUCUGGGUUUGGAGGUGGCCCAGAGUGCACAAGGUUUUUAUAUAUGUCAACGCAAAUAUGCGUUGGAUAUCAUCAUGGAAACAAGUUUAUUAGGUGCAAAACCUGCAGAAUUUCCAAUGGAAACGAAUCAUCGUCUUUCUUUGGACAAAGGAGAUUUGUUCACGGAUGUGGAAAAAUAUCGAAGACUGAUUGGGAGUUUAAUCUAUUUGUCCGUGACUAGGCCGGACCUAGCGUAUUCCGUUCAUAUUUUGUCUCAAUUCAUGCAACUGCCGAGAAUAGCACAUUGGGAAGCGGCUCUUCGUGUGGUUCGAUAUUUGAAGAAGAAUCCUGGGCAGGGAAUUCUGUCGCGCUCUGAUAGUGGUCUUAAUUUGAAAGGAUGGUGUGACUCAGAUUGGGCUGGUUGUCCCUUAACUAGACGCUCAUUGACAGGAUGGUUUGUUCUUCUUGGGUAUUCUCCAAUAUCCUGGAAAACUAAGAAGAAACAUACCGUUUCUCGUUCGUCAGUUGAAGCGGAAUAUAUAUCUAUGGCGGCGGCUACGUGUGAAUUAAAAUGGCUGAAAAAAUUACUGGGUGAUUUGGGAGUUCAUCAUCCACAUGGUAUGCAUCUUCUAUGUGAUAGUCAAUCGGCUUUGUAUAUUGCUCAGAAUCCAGUUUUUCAUGAACGAACAAAGCAUAUUGAAGUUGAUUGUCAUCUGGUUAGAGAUGCUAUCAUGCAGAAGAUUAUUACUCCUUCUUACACUCCUACAACAGUGCAAUUGGUGGAUAUUUUUACUAAAUCUUUAGGGAAAGCUCAGUUUCAGUAUCUUAUUUCCAAGAUGGGAAUGUGUGAUCUCCAUGCUCCGUCUUGA